UUUCCCUUAUCAUAAACUCAAAUGAGCAGUGCGGUUUCUACUUGCUUUUGUCUUCUUCCUAUUAUUUUCACCGAGCAAUAUCAAUGGAGGAGACCAUUUUCCAGCAUAUAUUGGUACUCUCCCUUGUUUCCUUCCUCAACAUGGCGGCCGUAUCCAAUAUCAUGCAAGCAUGUAGUGUUGUGGACAUCAUGCAUUAAGAUGGAUUCCCAAGAUCCUUCAACUGUUUGUGCAACUUUUAUACUGCAGAAUCUCUAGGACAAAAUGAGAAAAAUGACUGCAUGAAAUACAGUUAAAAGACAGAAGACAAUUGCUCUUCUUGUGUCCAAGAAGACAUCUAAAUUUUAUGCUGAGUUUCUGAUUAAUUUCAUUUGUUGAUCAUGGCCAAAACAAAUCAUUUUUCUACUCUGGGUGUCAGACUUGGUGCCUCUGAAGAUGAAAUCAAAAAAGCAUACCGUACUCUGGCCAAAAAAUGGCAUCCAGACAAGAACAGUGCUCCAGGAGCGAAAGAAAAAUUCCAGGAAAUUGCAGGUGCUUACGAGUAUCUCUCCAGUAAGGAUCGUCGUGAGAUGCAUGAGCGUGAAUUACGCAGAGCAGCGGCACCACCACCGCAACCGCAACCGCAACCGCAAACACAACCCCCUCGGCCCCCACCAGCAGCUUCAUCGAAACCUUCUCAACCUUCACAACCCAAUCAGCAGAGGCCAAAAACACCAGGGACAAAGAGCACUGGGAAGACACCUUCUACUGACAAGGGAAAAUCAACGUCCUCAAAUGCAAAAAAGCCUAAUGCAGCAUCUUGGUCUGAAACUUUCACGAAGAAUUUCCGCCAACAGCAGCAAGCUGGGGGAGCUGGUAGGCAGAAUGGGAGAAAAUUCUACUUUUCUGCUGAGGCAGGCCCAGGCAGGGCAGGUUUUUCUUUCACGUACGAGAACAAGAGAGCACCCAACGGAUCGUCACCAUCUCAAGCAGAUAACAUCUUCACUGAACUGUUCUCCGAUAUCUUCAAUGCUAUGGGCUUUGCAGGCCAGACAAGCCACAGUGGAAGCUCUAAUCAGGCCCCGAAUAAAAAACCUCGUCCUAGGAAUGUUGCUCCAGAGAGAGGGAAUGCUGCUGAGGACCUGGAUGAAGAAUACCUCUUUACACCCAAAAACAGAGGAGGCAAUGACUCAGGUGAGGAGCUGCCCUGCCCAUGGUGUGGUCAGAAGUUCACCCGGGGAAAACUGGGACAACACGAAGAAAAAUGCGGUAAAUUUGGUCUCAGCGGUGAUGAAGAUGAUGACGGCCUCUCCGACAAUGACUAUGAUGAUGACGAUGACGAUGGCUUGUACGGCAGCAGCCUUUAUCAGCCUUACACCACUCACUUGGGCCCAGGCCGGCAGCCAAACUGGCAGCAGCAACGAGAUGAUUUCCUGCACCAGGUCCGGCGAGAUAAGCUGCGACACAGAGACAGAAUGGCUUCUCAAGGAACAAGAAACUCUGGCUACAUAAAAUGUCCUUAUUGUGAGCGUUCCUUUAAUCAAGUGACUGCGGUCAAACACAUGCCUUGGUGCAAGGAGCAUUUACGUACAUACGGACGACCGAUGAAUCCUAAGUACUCCUCUUCCACUGGACAAAAGACGCAAGACAAAGAUAGUCCCAGACAGAGGGGACGAGAGUAUGCCAAGACAGUGCCAAAGCCUUCAACGAGAAUAGUUGAUUCGGAUGAAUCUUUCAAUGAGGAAGAUUUCGACUUCAGCAGCAAGAAAACUCCAAAAGAUGGAAAUGAACGAAAAUUUUCUUACAGCAGACCUCGAAUGUCAAAAGAAGACGAGUUUGAAAUCCAUGGUGCCAGGUUCGGAACCUCAGAACAUGAUGAGACUGUCUACGCUAACCCAACCCCAAGGUCACGGGGGUCAACACAGGGGUCAAUGCCCUCCACUCCUGGGACGUCAUCGUCCACAAAACAGGGACAGUCAAGGUCGUCCAGUGAUAAAACAAGAGGUUCAAACAAGGCCACAUCUUACGGUGCUCGUGGCGGGUACAGCCGGACACGCGGUGGACAUCAGAGCUCAGGAAGUAGUUUCCGACCGCAGAAAUAUUAGGA